AUGGUCGGGAGUUGCGGAAACAGGCGUGUGGGGAGCGGCGCUGGGGGGAACGGCGAAGGGGCGGAAGAACGGUGGGAAAGGGAGGGCGUAGGACGAUGGGGCAGGCGGGGACGACGAGGGGCUAUGGAUGUGCGGAAGGGGAAUUUAUCCCGCGAGACAAUUCGUAGGGAGCGAUGGGGAGUGUGUGGUGCUGGCAGGUUGGAAUGGGUGCUGCGUUCUCUGCGUUACGCCCUUCUUCCCCCUUUCCCCUCUCUGUCUUACACCCUUCUUCCUCUAUUCCUUACUUCGCCUUACCCCUUUCUUCCGCCUUUCCACCCUCUCUGCCUUAUGCCCUUCUUCUCCCUUUUCCCCUCUUCCUUCCACCCUUCUUCCCCCUUUCCUCUCUCUUCCCUACACCAUUCUUCCCCCUCUCCCCUCUCUACCCCCCACACCUUCUUCCCCCACCAUGCGUUCUCUCCCUUACGUCCUACUAAAACCCUUUUCCCUCUCUUCCCUACGCCCUGCUUCCCCCUCUAUCUUCUAUGCCUUACGCCCUUCUUCCCCCUUUCCCCUGUCUUCAUUACACCCUUCUUCCCCCUUUCCUUCUUUGACAUUCACCUUGCUUCUCCCUUUCCCCUCUCUUCCCUACACCAUUCCUCCUCCACCAUGCAUUCACUACCUUACACUCUUCUUACCCCUUUCCCAUCUCUUCCGUACACCCUUCUUCCCCCGCCUUGCAUUCUCUGCCUUACACCCUGCUUCCCCCUUUCCCCUCUCUGCCUUAAGCCCUUUUUCCCCCCUUCCCUAGUCUCCCUUACCCCCUUCUUCCACGUUUCAACCCUCGGUGCCUUAUGUCAUGCUUCCCCUUUUCCCCUCAUUGCCUUACACCCUUCUUCCCCUUUUCCCCUCAUUGCCUUACACCCUUCUUCCCCUUUUACCCUCAUUGCCUUACACCCUUCUUCCCCUUUUCCCCUGUCUCCCUUACCCCCUUCUUCCGCCUUUCCACCCUCUCUGCCUUACCCCCUUCUUCCGCCUUUCCACUCUCUCUUCCUUACACCCUUCUUCCCCUCUUUCUCCUCUUUCUUCCACCCCUCUUCCCCCUUUCCGCCCUCUGCGGCUCGCCCUGCUCCUGCCUUUCCCCUUCCUGCCCCUCUGCGCCUUCAUCCCAACUCUAGUGCUUCUAUUCCGCUUCUAUGUUCAUCUACUUCUCUCUACCUCUUUUCUGACAUCCUGAAGUUUCAGCUGGCGUGCAAACGUGACGACCACCUCUAUAAGGCCGUGGAGUUAGACGUCGUCGGUGACAGACAGUAG